AUGACUAUUCAAGGAAUUCAAAUUGCAAUUGAUCGAGGUGGAACAUUUUGCGAUGUUAUUGCCAAAAUUCCCGGACAAGAAGAUUACGUAUUCAAGUUGUUAUCGGUUGACCCUCAAAAUUACAAAGAUGCACCAACAGAAGGUAUAAGACGAGUUUUGGAACAUGUAAAUCGUGUAUCGAUUUCCAAGAGUGCCAAGUUGAAAUUGGAUCAGAUUCAGAGUAUAAGAAUGGGUACAACUGUUGCUACAAACGCAUUACUUGAAAGGAAAGGUGCUAAUGUGUUGUUGGUCACGACAACGGGGUUUAAAGAUGUUUUGGUAAUUGGAAAUCAAACUAGACCCCAUAUUUUCGAUUUGACGGCCAAGAAGUUGGGUCAUUUGUAUAAACAAGUGCUUGAAAUUGAUGAAAGAGUGACGAUUGAAGGGUUUUCUGAAGGCGGUGGCGAUAAGUUACUUAUUGACAAACUGCAACCUAAUUUGACUGAGGGAGUCACUGGUGAUACGAUUCGAAUCAUUAAGGAGCCAAAUUAUGCGCAAGUUGAAAAGGAUUUCAGGGAAAUUUAUAAUCAAGGUGAAAUCAAAGCCAUUGCAUUGUCAUUACUUCAUGCGUACGCUUAUCCAAAACAUGAAGCUGAGAUUGCCAAGAUUGCUAAAAAAAUUGGAUUUGAAGUCUCGGUGUCGCAUGAAUUGCAACCAAUGAUUGGAUUUGUUAAUCGAACAUCGUCAACUGUUGCUGAUGCAUACUUGUCACCUGUGAUCAACGAAUAUAUUCAAAACUUUGGUUCUGGAUUUGAAGGUGGUUUGGACGCUUUUGGCAACAAGCUUUUGUUUAUGCAAUCAAAUGGUGGAUUAUGCCCCUGGUACAAAUUUACUGGUCUCAAAGCAAUCUUGUCAGGACCCGCUGGUGGUAUGGUCGGGUUUGGAGAAACUUGUUAUGAUGAAACUUCAAGGAAAGCCACCAUCGGGUUUGAUGCCGGUGGUACAUCUACUGAUGUUUCUAGAUAUGAUGGACAGUAUGAGCACAUUCAUGAAACUAUUGUGAGUGAGAUCAACUUGCAAACUCCCCAAUUGGAUAUUUCCACAGUUGCAGCAGGUGGUGGAUCGAUUUUGUUUUGGAAAAAUGAUUUGUUUGUUACUGGUCCCGAGUCAGCUGGGUCUGAUCCGGGGCCAGCAUGCUAUAGAAAAGGAGGUCCGUUAACUGUCACCGAUGCAAAUUUGUAUUUGGGUAGAUUAGUUCCCGAACAUUUCCCCAAAAUAUUUGGCCCCAAUCACGAUCAAGGCUUGGAUUAUGAAAUUGUUGAUCAAAAAUUCAAAGAAUUGACCCAACAAAUCAACAAAGAUCAAGCAUCAAAGGGGAUCAAAUUGAAGCCAGUUGAGGUUGCCAGUGGGUUUUUGAAAGUUGCCGUUGAAUCAAUGGCUAGGCCUAUUAGAAACAUGACUGAAGCGAAAGGUCAUGAAACUUCAAAUCAUAACUUAGCCUGUUUUGGAGGGUCGGGUGGACAGUUUGCUGUUUCAUUGGCAAAGAAUUUGGGUAUCACGAGCGUUGCUGUACACAAGUACUCUUCAUUGUUAUCGGCUUAUGGUAUUCAACUUGCUGAUAUAGUCAUUGAAAAACAAUCACCAGCUUCAAUCACUUAUGCUAAGGAGAACUUAUCGGCACUUGAUUCUAAGAUUGAAUUGCUUAUUGCCGCUGCUCAAGAAGAUUACCAGAAACAAAAUUUGACUGACUUCAGUACCAGAUUGGAUAUUCUUUUGAAUAUGAGGUAUGUUGGAAGUGAUACACACUUGUUGAUUCCUACUAAAGUUGGCGAAUCAGAUGCUGCUGAAAAAUUCAUCAAGAGACACAGGAAUGAGUUCGGUUUCAAUUUGGAUAGAGAGGUUUUAGUUAGUGAUGUUGAAGUCAUGUUGAUUGUUGAGUCAAAGGACAAAGAAGAGCACAAUCCGUACCAAGAAGCAGCUCAGUUGUCAUCCACUUUGGAACCACCAACUACAUCAUUCACAAAACCAGUAUAUUUUGAAACGUUUGGUUGGUUGGAUUCACCGGUGCAUUUAUUGCCUGAUUUACCAAAAGGAGCCCUUGUCAAAGGUCCUGCGGUUAUUAUUGACAAUACUCAAACACUAAUCAUUGAACCACGCUCACGAGCAAGAAUCUUGGCCCAUCAUGUGUUGAUCGAGGUGGAGCAAGAAGAGAAGCCACAAUUGUCAUCAACUACAGUGGACCCUAUUCAACUAUCAGUCUUUGGUCAUAGAUUCAUGUCAGUUGCAGAACAAAUGGGGAGAACGUUGCAACAAACCGCCAUUUCAACUAAUAUUAAAGAGAGAUUAGAUUUUUCAUGCGCAAUUUUUGACCACAAUGGUGAUUUAAUUGCCAAUGCCCCCCACAUCCCUAUACAUUUGGGUUCCAUGUCAUAUGCCGUCAAGGCACAGAUUAAAAUGUGGGAGGGUAAAUUGGAGCCUGGCGAUGUGCUUGUAUCUAAUCACCCAAUUGCUGGAGGAUCUCACUUACCUGAUAUAACAGUCAUCACACCUGUGCUCGAUGAACAUAAUGAACCAAUCUUUUGGACUGCAUCAAGAGGUCAUCAUGCUGAUAUUGGAUCAAUUGCAGCGGGGUCAAUGCCGCCGAAUUCUAAAACUAUCUACGAUGAAGGUGCAGCUAUUGUGACCCACAAGUUAUGUGUCAGAGGUAAGUUUGAUGAAGAAGGAAUUACCAAAAUAUUGGUAGAUGAGCCAGCCAAGUAUCCUGGCGGAUCAGGUACCAGAACAUUGAGUGAUAAUCUUUCCGAUUUGAAAGCGCAAGUAGCGGCAAACUACAAGGGUAUCGUAUUGUUGCAACGGUUGGUUGAUGACUUCACUUAUGAAGUUGUCAAAUUAUACAUGGGUGGAAUUCAAUCCACUGCUGAAGUUGCCGUAAGGAACUUGCUUAAGUUGGCGUACGAAAAGUUUGGAUCUCAUGAAUUGAAAGGUAUUGACUACAUUGAUGAUGGUACACCUAUUGCAUUGACUGUUACGAUCAACCCUGAAACUGGAUCAGCGUUAUUUGAUUUUAGUGAGACUGGUGAUGAGAUUUAUGGCAAUUUAAAUGCUCCCACUGCAAUUUUGUAUUCUGCUGUGUUGUAUGUUCUUAGGUGUCUUAUAAGUACUGAUAUACCAUUGAAUAAUGGGUGUUUGAGACCUAUUGAGUUCAAGACUAGGCAAGGGUCUUUGGUUGCGCCAUCGGAUGAUGCAGCAGUUGUCGGUGGAAACGUUGAAACUACACAAAGGAUCGUCGACGUAAUGUUAAAGACUUUCCAAGCCGCUGCUGGUUCUCAGGGUACUUGUAACAAUUUCACCUUUGGUAUCAAUGACAAGGAGAAUGGUGUUUGUUUUGGCUAUUAUGAGACAAUAUGUGGUGGUGCUGGUGCAGGACCUGAUUGGGAUGGUCAAUCAGUAGUGCAAUGUCACACCACAAAUACGAGAAUGACCGAUUCUGAGAUUUUCGAAAAACGAUACCCGGUUUUGCUUCAUGAGUAUUCGGUGCGAUUAGGAUCCGGGGGUAAUGGAUUACACAAAGGUGGUGAUGGGGUGGUUAGAGAUAUCGAGUUUUUGUACCCAUUAGAAGUAUCGUGUUUGAUGGAAAGAAGAUCAUUGGCACCUUAUGGCUUACAUGGUGGUGAAGAAGGCGCUCGAGGUGUUAACAAAUGGAUCUACAAGUCUCCUUCUGGUGGAUACAAGAGUAAGUCAUUGGGUGGUAAAUGUACCGUUCAAGUUAGCAAAGGUGAUAGGGUCAUUAUUAAUACCCCAGGCGGUGGUGGAUAUGGCUGUGCCGAGUCGAAUGGUCAGUCAAGUAGCGGCAAUAAAGAAGUGUCCAAUGGGGUUCAAUAUCCUAUUAAAAGAGCAACUCCUUCAAGGUUGACUGGAUCCGUUGGUAUGAGAGACCACAUCCAAACGACAAAUUGA